CGUUCCUGUAGAGCUAGUUCCGUCAGGACUUUGAACUCACUUGAAGAUGUUCAUUGGUUUUGCUACCCACCCGCGAAAGCCAAGGCAAGGGACGGUGUGAUUGCAUUGUCGCUCACCAUUCCAGGAGUGCCAGCCUCUCGACGCGCGAAGUGCUGCUGCUGUUGCAUGUCUGUGAGUGUGAGAGCCAGAGUGCCAGACCGAGGCAGUGAAGAGUUCACGCCUCGCUCGCUGAAGUGAGGGGACGAACAUCGCACCUCUUGCGUGCGGAAAGCGCAGUGUCGAGAGGGUAAUCCGUGUCGCUGCAGUCACUCAAGCGGUAAAAGUUAUCGGUAGGCGGCGAGGUGUGGCAUAUUCAGCAAGACCUGAGCGGACUGUCGAUCGGUGGUGCUGAGGCCGCUGCGAGGGCAUCGGCGGUAGAUUCAUAACCCAGUCGUCCUCGGAUCGGAGCAUCUCGCUGACCCUGGUCCUGGAGGGGAGGAUUGGAUGGAUCGCUCUCUGAGAGUGUGUGGGUGUACCGCGGACCGUCACCGAGAUUCUAGAACACGUAACACUUUGUCUGUGGGUCUGUGAGAGUCGCUGGUAGCGCUUCGGCGUUCUCGAGGCCUUGCCAUGGCGGAGCAAACACUGGACCGCGAGCUGCGCUACCGUGCGUCCUGGAAACGGUCGACAAACCUGCACGAAAUGAGAGCGGUGCCGAGAGUAGGCGGCAGCCGGACGAUACUGUUUGUGCUUAGCGUGCUACUGCUAGCAAUGUUAUGUGGAGUCGCGUCGUCACAGAGUGGACCUCCAAGUACCAGCAGCUCGAGUGCAACGUUUACCCAGAGUGCGUCACCAAGUGCCAACAGCUCGAAUGUAACAACAACAGCAGCAGUGCCGACACCUAGUCAUAUGGAGCUUACGUGCCACGUCACCUUCAAAUUAAUCAGACUGGGAUUCUGUUCAAAUAAUUCAUCACCACCUUCACCAAUGAUCAUAGGACAAAUUCAGAAAUUCGCGUUGGAAUUAAAACAAUUGCAAGGGAUCAAUAUAACACAGCUUCCAACAACGAACACCACCAACUACCAGACAAUACCGUUUGAGCAAGAAUUUACCAUCGUCACGCAAGCAUUGGACAGCAUCAUCGGCGAAAUUGUUCAGAAGAUCAAGAUCCAGCCGAUCAAGACGAAAGACCUGCUCUGCGGCAUUCUGUCGUCGCCUGAAAAUUCCUCUACUCCACGUGCGUAUGUUACGCUACUCCUUCAAAUCCAACAGCUGCUGGCCGUGGUGACAAGCAUAACCGACACCGAAUCCUGUGCAGAAACCCACCCUAUUUCGCUAAUCUUCAAUUGCCUCUUGUUGCAGUUUCCCCCACAGAUGAAUACCUCGUCCGUACAGCCGCCACCAAGUGACAAUAACUCGCUCUGUCUCAAUCUGACGUGUCCGGCUUACAUGCAGGAGACCAGGAUAGUGGGUCACAUCUACCCGGGCGUGCGGAACCUGUCCACUCAGCUGCAGAACGCCGUCAAGUACCUGCUGCCGGGCUGCGUGAACCAGAGCACGAUCGACCGGCACCGCGACGCCCUGCUCCUGAGCAUCCUGCCCUGCGGCCUCAGCUGCGACACGAGCCAGCCGGGCGCAUUCACCGCGGAGCAGGAGCGACACUCUCGCAUCGUCAUCCAGGUCUUCACCUGGCUGUCGCUGCUGUUCACGGCGUUCGCGCUCGUGUCGUUCGUGAUCAACCGCGAGAAUCUGAACAAGUACCCGACGCGCAUCAUCGUCUACAUCAACGCACUGUACUUCCUCAGCAGCAUCGUGGCACUGGUGCAGGUGACGGGCAACGAGUGGCGACGUUACAGCUGCAACGAGGACAACACGGUACGCACGAGCGAGCCAAGGGCGAGCGACGAGGGCGGCACGGGUGAGGGGCGGGCGUGCGCCGCGCUGUUCGCGCUGAACUACUUCCUGCUGUCGUCGGCGCUGCUGUGGUGGCUGUGCCUGACGCACGCCUGGUACAUCACGUUCAAGGCGUUUGACGACCAGGGCCUCAAGGAGAGGUUCAGGCGCUACGAGCUCGUGUACCACGCAUUUGUCUGGCCGACCACGCUGGCGCUGAUGAUCGGUAUGCUGGCGUGGGGCAAGAUUGACGGUGUCCCCAUCUACGGUUUGUGCUUCACCAACGAGGUGGCUCCGUGGCUCUACUUCAUGAGCCUGCCGGUGCUGGUAGUCGGCGCCCUCGGCCUGCCGUACCUGUGCCUGGGCACGCGUAUGGUGCUCGGCUUCAAGGGCCACAUCAAGAAGAUGGCGCGGCGCAGCUCCAUUCAGAGCAUCGAGCGCAUGAAGCGCAACGACUCCGGCCUGCGCACGUUCCUUGCCCGCACUACGCUGAUCAUCAUCGUCAGCUUCCUGCACCUGCUCGUGCAGGUGGCCAUCGCCGUCUACCGCCUGGCGAACGACAGCCAUUGGAAGGACGAGGGCGAAGCGUACUUCCUGUGUGUGCAGACUCGCUGCUCGAGCGACGCGAGCGUGUGCGAGGGCCUGAAACCGAACCCGAGCCUGGAGCUCUUCACCCUGAUCUCGGUGCUGAUCAACAUGGAGGGCAUCGUGCUCACCUGGUGGGCGUUCAAUGCGCAGACGUGGCGAGAGUGGAAGUCUCGCGCAGGCAGCACUACUUCCCUCUUCAAGCGACUCAGCUCACACAAGUUCAACAGUGGCGACCUGAGCGCGGCGCAGCGGGUCAUGGGCUCCAACACCAGCGGGGCUGCUGCUGCCACGGCGACUAGCUCGUCGCUUAGCGACUCGUUCGUGAAGCGCGACAUGAAGACGCGAGAGAACACGAAGCACAACGUCGAGCUCACCCGGUUUCGCUACGCCAUGUCACGCGACGACUUUGAUCACCGCUACAAGCGCCCCAACGGCAGCUCUUCUGAAGACCCCUCCGCCACCGCCGCGAACAGCCAUGUCAGAGAUUCCGUGUUCAGCACGCCGACGGACGAGACCAGCUUCACCAGCAUUGACGGUGCCGGUGGAGCUCAUGUCGAGAACGGCACUCCCACGCCGGAGCAGGAUGAUCCGCGGCGCGACUUCAAGCACGCCAACAGCCGGGUGCACUUCUCCACGACUACCGAUACGUCCGAUGUCAUGAUUACGCCACCGUCGUCGCUGCCGCUCGCGGCGGCGCCCAAGACUUCCGUAGCCAUGGCAACGUACAUCUCGUCAACGUCCAGCUGUGACUCGCCGGGCGCUGCCUCCAGCCCCAGCCGAUCGAUUUUGAAAAAGGGACGCAGCAUGUCCACGUCCAAUCAGAGGCCGCCGCCGGUUGCUAUGGUGAGGGAAGAAGACGACGAGCAGCUGGAGACGUUCCAGGAGAACAUAGCGGCCGGCGCGAACGUCCCGUUCCUGUCGGAGAACGCCCCGGACGCCCCCACUGUAAUGCCACUGUCUCGCUCGCCGCGGAUAUCCCGUGUCAAAGAGGAAGCGACGUCGCUGGAGGCCAAACGCGACAGCAUCCGCAGACGCUCGAAGUCCGCCAGCGCGUCGCUCGGAGCCAACUCGUUGAGGUCGCCACUGCAGCUAAACGGUCGCACUUCACCACCACGAAGGAUCGGCUUCUCCGACAGUGACGAUGGGAGUGACGAUGAUGAUGAGCCCGAUUUCCGCCGUCGUCCCACGCCUUCUUCGCCGCCGAGGGUUGGGUUCAGUUCGAGCAGCGGGGACUACGAUGACGGUAAACGAGCACAGCACGCCCCGAGCAUGCCCACGGUCAAGAACGGCGUUGUCACAUCAACGCCGAUCAAGGGCCCCCUCGCCAUGAACGGCUUUCAUCGGCCUUGCACCGACACCAACGAUGUUGUCGCAAGUCCCAUCAAGGCUGACGUCGCACCCUGGCGCUCCAUCCAGUCGGAGGUGGAAGAGGCGUACGCUGAGCAGGAGAGCAAGCGACGAUCGCAGGCGCUCGUCGACUCGUUUGCCGACCCCGUUAUGGCCUCGUCCCCGCGACGCUCCAUCAUAGUCGAGAGCAAUCUAUGACACGGCAUUGGCGACGACGGGGGCUAACGAACUGCCACAGCAGCAGCCGCUUAUUGCUGUUUGCUGUUGUAUGGCUGCGGCCACCUAGUGCUGUGCGACCGCCGCAGCAACCUACUCCUGUGCUAAUGUUGCAGCAGCCUCCUGUAACAAAACGGCAGCGUCUGUAGGGCCUUCCAUAUCAAAAUAUUAAAUUCGAUUACAUGUACUACUAUUCUACUACUAUUCUACUACUACUGCUGUUCUCGGUUGGCAGUGAACCGAGUAGAGGCGUUACACUGGACCUUGAGCUAAACUGCAUUGCUGAACCGGACAUGUCCACUGUGUGAGAACGAUGUCCUCGUUUUUUCCAUUCACUGCCUUGUCAUCACCGACUCGUUCUCCUUCUCCUCGGUCUUCUUCUCUCCUUUUACCUCGCACCAAGAGUACUGGAAACCCAGAGUGUGCUGCUCUGAUGGGUUGCUGUCACGGAGAAAUUCCGUCACGGAUUACAUUUUUUUUGGACGGAUCACAUAAUUUUAGUGAUGCUGUGCAAGACAGAAGCUGCACACUCUCUGCGUUUCAUGUACUUCUGAGUAUGUAACAAUUAUUUUUACUUGAUUGUACUCUGGCCUGCCGUGCGAAUGAACGUCUCUUUCUCUCCUACUGCUCCUCGUCUGCUGAACGCGUGCGGGUAUUCCGACAUAGACUAUUUUGAGAACGGAUUUAUACAGAAUUUGCUUCUUCUUUUUUUAUCUUUUACAUGUUGGAGAAAUUUAGCAUUUACCUUGCGUAUAGUCCCAGAGUCAGUAGAGUAAUCAUUUCACUUCUCGCUUCUAAGCGUGGUGUGAUCAUCUCACUACUCCCUGCUAAGCGCUGUAGAGUGGUUAUUUCGCUGCUUUCAUCCCGUUGAGUACUAGAGUAGUUAUUUUCCUACUAGGUUAUCUUCUAUGCAAACUAAUGCUCAUAGGGCUGGCUGCGCUGUUCUAGCAUGUAGAAUAUAGAUAGGUACGCAAUGAAUACGAUUAGGUUAGGAUUGCCAUUGCAUAGUUUUGUAUCUUCUGUUGAUCCGCUUGUUUCUGUUAAAAUAAUGGAAUUGGAGCGUCCUCUCGCCCUCA